GGCCGAGGGCGACCCCGCGGCUGUCCCGUGGCCAGCUGCCUGUGAAGACCGGGCUCUGGGGGGUUUGGUCGGGGGUCUGGGGUCGACUUGGCCGCCUGCUCUCCUGGUGCGCUGUGAAUGGGCCGGGCCGCGCCCCGCCUGGGAGCCGGCCGCUUCCGUGGCGCAGGGGACUGUCCCAGCAGGAGCUGUGUUAGGGCUAGAAGCAAAUAAACGCUCAUCACAGGGCCGAAGUUGUGCGGGGAGCUCUAACCCGUGGUGUAACGGUCACCAGUGCCAGCCUCCGAUUCUCGGUGUGGCUGCAAGCGGAGCGGACUGUUACAGCAGGACCUAGAGCUUCCAAAAGCAGCGGGGGCGGCGGCAUGAAGCCGCGGGGAGGCUGGUGUGCAGCACACGGAUAAGGGUUUGGAAGCUUCGCACGUGGGUGCCUUGAAGAGCCUCCUUUGGACAAAAUAAGCAUUUUUUCCUAGAUAAAGUAUCUUAUUUGCUGCUUGAACGUAGCAGACAGAAGGCAAAGUGGCCAGUGGACAGGCCUCUGCAUACGGCCCUGUCGUGUGGUCCGGUCAGCGGCGGUUACAGGGCGGGGAGAGUGAAGCUUGGGGGUAUGGAGUCGUCGUUGGAGCUCUGGGGGCUGGGCCGGGCUGUACCUGGCGUUCUGAGAGGCGGGUCAGGGUCACCAACGCUCGGUGGCGUUCUUCAGGCCAUGGUGCAUCCCCCCACAUGCAGCAGGUGCCCACUGCAUUCCCAGGACCGCGGGGCCUGAUGGGAGCCCAGACACCCAGAGGAGCACCCCCGCGUGGCCCGUCGGGCCUCGGAAAUAGCAGGACUUCAGAGGAAGAAUUGUGUCCAGGUUGGGGGCAGCUUGCAGGACGUUCUGCUGGGCUGGUCCGUGGGACUAGGAUUCUGACGUGCAGAGAGGCAGGGAAGCCUGGCGUGCCAACCUAGAAUGUCGGGGCAGCGCCACAGAGAUGAGAAACAGCGCGACUCGGCCCCGCCAGGAGUCCUCCGGGAGAGAAUGUGGGGAAGAACUGGGGGAGAGGAGCCCAAAGCCCCCUCGGGGAGGCGCUCGGUGCCGGUGGUUCCGACCUGUCCCCCGAGUGGUAGGACGGAAUGAGAUGGAGGCUGAUGACGGAGAAGGCCGGAGGGGCUGCGGGAAUGGGAGCUUUGCUGCAUGCGCUUCUAGCCAAGGGGACAUGCCUGUCCAGUCCGUAGGCAAGCGUCCCUCGUCACGCAGGCGUGUUAGCAUACGGGCCUUCUGCUAGGAGUGCAGCCCCAGAAGCAGUGGCUCGAGUGUGGGCUUGAGGGGAGCCUGGGUGGCUCAGUCAGUCAAGCGUCCAGCCUUUUUUUUUAAAGAUUUUAAUUUGGGCCGGGUGGACCAUGAGCAGGGGCGGGGCAGGGGCAGAAGGAGAAGCAGGCUCCCCACUGAACAGGAAGCCCGAUGUGGGGCUCGAUCCCAGAACCCUGGGAUCAGGACCUGAGCUGAAGGCAGAUGCUUCACCGACGGAGCCCCCCAGGCGCCCUGAGUAUUCAGGCUCUGUGCUGGCCUGGAGCUGGCUCAGAAUUCUCCCAUUUUUCUCUCCCCUAACAUCCAGGGAGAGGGAGCUAUUUUCCACAAGGUAGGGCCAGGCACUCGCUAUCUGUCUUGUAGAUCUACCUGCACUUGGUCCAAAUCCCACCUGCUUCCGAGAUGGAAAGGAGUGGGCGGCCGACUUCCUUUGAUCAGGAAGUCCCUUCCUCGAAGCCCUUGUCCUCUCUGCUCACAUCCCGUUGGCCAAAGUGGACUGAAACGGACUUGCCUAGCUGCAAAAUACAAUGGUGGGAAAUACCCCCACCGGCUGGGUAGCCACGUGCCCCCGGGCUGUUCCCUAACUCAGAGGAAGAAGUACUGUUGGGUGUUGGGGUCAGUUAGUCUCUGCCACAGAAGCGUUUCCACUGCGUUUGGUGGAAGCUUUGUCCAUCUCUGGAGCAUAAUUCAGACUGGUGCUGCUCAGUUUUUUCUGACGGUGGAAAUGUUUCUUUUGUGGACUCUUGAUCUUGGGGGGGGGGGGUGUGAAUUAAAGCCCUACGUUGGGUGUGGACCCUACUUAGAAAAAAAAGAAGAAGAAAUGUUGCUUUCUGACUUGUCCAGGAUGGUUACCAUGAGCCAUGUGGCACCGAGGAGCACGACACACAUGGCAGCUGAGGAAAUGAAAUUUUACUGUUAAUUCUUGCUAGCCAGAUGUGGCCAGUGGUUGUCGUUUGUGGACAGCAUACAUCUGGACCGUGGGAUUGGAAGGGAAAAGGCUGUCUGUGGUAGAGCCUAAGUGUCUGCUGGCCCAGUAGCAUCUUUCCUCUUUUCUCACCUGAACGCCCAAGGGUGUGGCUCUCUUAGUUUGGUGAGCAGAACACAAGUGAGCGCCUCGGUUAGGGUUAAGUGUUCAGUAUCCUUCUCUAGUUGUUCCUUUAGCUGCCCAAGCCCUGCCCUGCCGGCCCCUCUGUCUUUCAGCUGGGACGGUGUCGGAGCGUGAAGGAGUUUGAGAAGCUGAACCGCAUCGGGGAAGGCACCUAUGGCAUUGUGUAUAAAGUAUCUUAUUUGCUGCUUGAACGUAGCAGACAGAAGGCAAAGUGGUGACCUCCAUCCUGACUCUAAGGAGGAAAACUUGGAGGAAGCCCCUUGGAACUAGCACCCUGUACCCUGUACCCUGUACCCAGCUCAGGGGAGAGGACUCCGCAGAGAGCAUAUCGGGCCCGGGACACCCAGACGGACGAGGUUGUCGCCCUGAAGAAGGUUCGGAUGGACAAGGAGAAAGAUGGGGUCCCCAUCAGCAGCCUUCGAGAGAUCACCCUGCUCCUGCGCCUUCGCCAUCCGAAUAUCGUGGAGCUGAAGGAAGUGGUUGUGGGGAACCACCUGGAAAGCAUCUUUCUGGUGAUGGGUUAUUGUGAGCAAGACCUGGCCAGCCUUCUGGAGAACAUGCCGACACCCUUCUCUGAGGCCCAGGUCAAGUGCAUUGUGCUGCAAGUGCUCCGAGGCCUCCAGUACCUGCAUCAGAACUUCAUCAUCCACAGGGACCUGAAGGUGUCCAACUUACUCAUGACCGAUAAGGGCUGUGUGAAGACAGGUGGGUGCUGGGUGCCGGCGCUGUGGCCGGUGUCUGUGGGAGGCUACCUGGAGCGGGGAGCAGCGGAUUUCGGCCUGGCCCGGGCCUAUGGCAUCCCAGUGAAGCCGAUGACCCCCAAGGUGGUCACGCUCUGGUACCGAGCCCCCGAACUGCUUUUGGGAACCACCACGCAGACCACCAGCAUCGACAUGUGGGCCAUGGGCUGCAUCCUGGCCGAGCUGCUGGCCCACAAGCCCCUUCUCCCCGGCACGUCCGAGAUCCACCAGGUGGACCUGAUUGUGCAGCUGCUGGGCACGCCCAGUGAGAACAUCUGGCCAGGGUUUUCCAGGCUGCCCCUGGUGGGUCAGUACAGCCUGAGGAAGCAGCCGUACAACAACCUCAAACACAAGUUCCCGUGGCUCUCGGAGGCUGGCCUGCGCCUGCUCAACUUCCUCUUCAUGUACGACCCCAAGAAAAGGGCAACGGCCAGUGAUGGCUUGGAGAGCUCGUACUUCAAGGAGAAGCCCCUGCCCUGUGAGCCGGAGCUCAUGCCUACCUUCCCCCACCACCGCAACAAGCGGGCCGUCCCGGCCACGUCUGAGGGUCAGGGCAAGCGCUGUAAGCCGUGACAGGUGGGGCCCCUCUGCUCGGCCGGCACGACCGUGGUGCCCAGCGGUGAACAGCAGUCAAACGGGGAGGCCUCUGCCGUCCAGGCUCACGGGGCUGCUGGAAUCCAGCCCCUCCAACGGGUGGAGACCAGCACGCUGCUCCAGCUGAUCAUACCCCUUCCCCAGAAGAAUGGGGAGUGGAUGUGGGUGGAUGUGCCCUGAAGGGGCGGGAUGCUCCUGGACACCUGUUGCCAUGGCCUCAGCUGGUAAAAGCUCAGGACCCUCCCUUCCCAGAAGGAAACAUCUGCUGGGCCCGAUUUAGUGGCUGUUGCUGGCUUGGGAUGCAGAGACCCUGCAUGGUUGCUGAUCACCAGGAUCUGUCCGGGGAAGGGAGAGGCUGUGGUGCAUCACCCCCCUCCCCAGGUGCAUUCUGAGAGCUGGCGCACUCAGAAUGGGAAGGAGAGAUCAGGUGUGGGUCAUAUCCCACCUGAUAGGUUGUCCCUGUCCCCACACUGAGGCCCAGAGGGGAAGGGGCACAAGCUGGUGCUAACAGGAACUCCAAGAGAUAAAAGGUUUUCUUACAGGCAUGA